AAAUACCCCAGGGGGCUGGAGGAGCUCUGCUCGCAGGGUGGGAGCAAACGGAGCUUGGGAUCCGCCCCUCGGGCACCUCCCCCAUGCAGCCCAGGCCCGCCCGCCUGUUCUCCCGCUCGGGCUCCCGCACCUCUGGGCAGCUGGCGGCGCCACAGCAUGAAAGGCUCCCAAGCGGGCGCUUCGCCCCCCGCCACCUGGCUGAGCUCUUGCUGCAACCAGUCCGGGGAGCCGCUGGAGCCCCCCGAGGGGCCGCGUGUCGUGCAGGCGGCGGUGCUGGGAGUGCUGUCGCUGCUCGUGCUCUGCGGGGUCCUGUUCCUGGGCGGUGGCCUCCUCCUCCGCGCCCAGGGCCUGAUGGCGAUGCUGGUCCGCGAGCGGCGCGCGUCCCGCGAGGCCGAGCCCAGCAGUGCCAGCGGAGGCGAGGACGACUCCUAGGCGCCCGUGCACUCCAGGGUCGCGGGCCUCCAGGCGGCCCAGGACUGGGCACCCUAUGGCGGCUGCGGAGCGGGGGGCACCACGUCCUUCCCUCGAGGCUGGCGCCUGCUCAGGUUCUUGAGCCUCAUGUGGUGUAUCUCCCAGAGCUCUGCCGCCCUCCUACAGCACCAGGGGACCUGCUGCCUUUGAUCCUUGAGCGGUGCAGACAAGACCAGGAGAAAGCUGGCUUGUGGUGAGGCAUCUACCCAAGAUCCUUGCGCUCAGCCCCGCCUCUCCUUUGCUCCGUUCACCUCCUGCCGCACCCGCACCCGCACAUGGGGCUGGGGGUUCAGCACUCUAGGGAUGAGCGAGCGCCCUGAGCCGCCACUGCGUGUCCGGGGCGCCGGAGUGGACAAAUGCCCUUGGAUGCUCAGUGCAGCAGAUGCUGGCUACGCCCCUGACUGGCCGGCCUCCGACAACACGUGUGCCGCCCCUUUCCCAUAACUGAUACCGGGCUGCUGUGGUCCAACAGGCCAGUGACCUGUCCCUGCUGAGGGCCGUGGGUCAGUAUCGUCCACUUGGAGAUCUUGGUGCCCCAGCAAUGCCCUAUCACUUUGCGUGGCUUGUUAUUAAAUACACUGGUAAUGCAAGUGUCCUAUUUACAGUCUAUGUUUCAGCUCUAGACUCUUGACAUUGGUGGUAUCCUGCUCCCACCCUCCCUCCAGUUUGAACUGUUUCUAGCUGAUCCUGAAAGAGCAUCACCAGCCAUGGCCCCUCUGCCCUAGCCUCUCUUCAGUGGUGGCUACUCCCCUUCGACACCCAGAGCCAAAUCCUUCCUAGGGA